AUGAGAAGAUAUUCUCUUUUUUUAGACCAAUAUGACAAAUAUCUAUCAAAUAUUCCGUUCGCCGGCGUCGUCUUUCACCGUCGUCUCGUUGCCGCCCCCAAAUUCACGAUCGAAACCCUAGCUUCUCGAUUUCGCCUGCUGCUAACCACUAUUGUGCUCAAUCACUUUCACUAUUCCGCGGAAUCGCCUUCAAUGGACUCUCACUCUUCCCACCUCAACGCGGCCAAUCGUUCGCGUAGCUCCCAGACUCCAUCUCCUUCACAUUCCGCCGCCGCCUCUGUCACUUCUUCUCUCCACAAACGCAAGCUCGCCGCCACCACUGCAGCUAAUGCGGCCGCGUCUGAAGACCACGCCCCUCCUUCUACUUCUUUCCCUCACUCCUCCUUCUCUGCGGAUACUCGCGACGGCGCCUUGACCUCUAACGAUGAGCUCGAGAGCAUCUCCGCGCGCGGCGCCGAUUCCGACUCAGACCCUGACGAAUCAGAGGAUGUCGUCGUGGACGAUGACGAGGACGAAUUUGCUCCCGAACCGGACCAGGACUCUUCCAUCCGCACAUUCACGGCCGCUAGACUCGAUUCCAGCUCAGGAGUCAACGGUUCGAGCCGCAGUAAUACUCAGAUUAAGACGGAGAGGUCCACAGUGAAGCUUGAGAGCUCUGAUGGUAAACCAUCUGUUAUCGGCACCGGUACGAGUGGGGCUUACAUCGCGAGAGAAGAGACUCUCAAGAGAGAGGAGCAAGCUGGGCGACUCAAAUUUGUAUGUUACUCGAAUGAUUGCGUUGAUGAGCAUAUGAUGUGGUAUUUGCUUCCCUCAAAUCGAGAUGCGCGUCGUGACGUGGAAGAUGAAGAGGAGAAGGAGAUAGAGCAGCCACAGAAGAAGAGAUGUAUUGAAGAAAAACCUCAGGAGAUAGUCAUAGAUGCAGUGUUCGACAGGGAUGAAAAUGCAGCUCUCGACGGUGGUGAUUCAGAUAGUGAUGGAUAUCUGUCUGAGGACUCUGACUUUACAAACGCAGUUGCAAAUGGUACAGAAGGUAAAAUCAGUGGUAAUGAGAUGUCGAUUCAAGGCAACCGAAAAAAAACAGAGGAGGAAGCUUGCUAA